AUGCUGCCGAGGGUGAACCGCAGAGGGGAUGACGGCGUGGUUGAUGACAACGGAACCACGUUGACGAUUUUGCCGGAAAAAUUGUACAAUGCGGUGGAGUUCAUAUCUUAUAAUUAUCAGUUUGAUCCUAUGAAGGGAAGAUACUUGAAGAAAAGAUUGAAGCAUGUUGUUGAGCCGGAUAAAAAUUGUGAAACUAGGGUUGAAGAUAUUGCUUGGCUUUGCUCCCUUUCGGAGUCUGAAAUUGACGUGCUGAUUAGCUUGAAAUUGUUGAUCAUUCAGCGUGCAAAAAUGAUAGGUUGUAAGGAGAUGGCUAAAAAAUUCAACCUCAAAAUGAUUCGAGCCAUUGGCAGGGUUCUACAGGUAUUACUUAUAAUGUUAACUUUUAUAAAGGGACUGGAUUGCUCUGACAUUCUUUUCUUGCAAGAAGAAUUCAAAAAUCUCUAUGCAGCACUUAUUUUGAUGGAACAUCUCAAGUCACAGAUAAAGGAUUCAUCAAUUAUCUCCAAUACAGUGAAUUCUACUGCUCUUUUCGAUGCUUGCAACUUAUUGAAUUUUAACAAUGAGGUUGAUGCAAAUAUUGACGAGUUAAGCACAAGUCUUGGUGCUGAUAUACAAACAUUACUUAAAAGUCCACCAACAUCCAAACGAAAGAGAAAAAGGUUGGAAGAAAGUAGUGAAUGA